CCCCCACCACACCGAGUUGAUUUGUUUAAUGCGAGGAGUUGUGGUGCGAGGACUGAAGAACGUUUAUUGUUGAUCGUGGGGAUGAGGUGUCCGGGGGUUUUCGAGGGCUCGAAGGGCCUCUGACGCUGUGAAUUGGGGAUUAUUUUGACUUCAGGGAGUGUUAGCGACAGUUUGGAGCUCUCGGAGUGCUCUCGACGAUGAAGUUGAGGUUAAGGGCCGCGAGUUUGUUCUUCUCGACGCGAUCUGACAUUUCGGGGAAUUGUUGUUGCUUUUUCGAGGGGUCCCGGGGACUCCGAUGGGGUUGGUCUUGAUGGUGGAGGGUUAUCAGUGUCUCGGGGUUGUGAUUGUGCUUGGGAUGCGUUCAGUGGCGGCUCCGAGGGCGGAGUGAGGACAGUGGCGUGGAGCUGAUGCAGUUGGAACUGUUGAGGGGACUUUUUUUUAUUGAGAAUACUGAUUUCUGUGGCUGGAGCCCUUCCGGAGUGAUUGAGGUUGUGGUGUGACUCAGGGGAAACGCUUUUUUAUUUGUCAGUGGUGUUGGUGGAGGACAUGAAGUGUGUGGGCGAGGUAGUCUCGAUUAUUCAGGGCUGACUGGGCGAGUCAUAAACGCAUGGGAUCAUGUAUGAUACGUUUUUACAACAGGAUGCCUGGUGUUACUGGGUUAUAUCGGUUGCUGCACUCCUGUCAUUUGUGGGGUUCAUCGUUGCUUGCAUUUGCAGCUGUCGACACAGUGAGAACAAGAGCGAGUUCCUGGGUCUUCCGGGUAUGGUAACGAUGACCCGUGCUGAAAACGAGAUAUUCGAUCGACAGCCGACAGUGGAUUACAGUGAGAUUGUCGCACUGGAUGCUGUAGACAAUGGAAAAAGAACGAGUACCGCGAAUCGAAGUCUUCCGGACAUCCCGAAGGAUCGGAAUGUCGGUCUUGGGGACGGGGGGUUGGAAUCGACCCCUCAAGAUGUUAUUUACGAGGCUGCGGAGAUCAUGGGGGAUCCCUCAGAGCUGUAUGCCACAGUACAGGACAAAAAUGUGGUCAACAGGAAUAAUGAGCGGGGGACACGUGCUAGUUCACAAGAAUCUUCGUCGUUACAAGAAGACGAUAGUGCGUAUCCGUAUGCUAGGCUGAAUACGUUAAAUUCUACAAAUGAUGAACAUCCUUACGCCCAAGUGCAGAACGUCUCGAAGCCGGAGAUAAACCGUCAGAACAGUUUCAGGACGGCGGCUAGUCAGCUGGCAGCCUCCCCAGGCCCUUCGUCCAACGGUCCGAACCCCAUAGCGCCCCCGCGCACCCGUCGUUCCUCCUCCCACAACUCCCUCCUGUCCCUGGAGACCACGUGCGCCGACAUCCAAGCGGCGAACGCAAUAACCGGCGGUGUCCAAGCUAACCAGGACCUCCCCUACAUGACGCCCCCCCUGCUCACCCUGCCGCGAUUCCCCCAGCCCCAGUCAACCCCCCAGCACUUCAGCGGUGAUUCCCAGGACUCAAAAGGCUACACAAGCAUUUCCGUUCGCGAGCCCCUCGCCAACAUAAUAGCACAGACUAAAGCGGCCCAUCAGCACCGAGGGAAUCGCUCGGACUCGCAUUACGCGACAGUCUCGGACGAUUCGGACGAGAUGUACGCGGCAAUUGACGAGCAGGAGAAGAUUUACACCAGUGGAAGUGAGACUUAUGCGCAGAUUCAGCCGAUGAUGGAGCCCCAGAGGCCGAUUGUCGAUCCCCAGGUGAGCAUUCACCCCCAGCCGUCGAGAAACGAGGAGAAUCCAAUGGUUUUUCCAGCCCCUCAGCCCCCCAGUGUCGACUCCCUUCGUUAUGUGGCACAUGCACACUCGAGACAGGCCUCCAGCUCGAGUGCCACCAGCUCAAUUGUUAAUCCUGGCUCCCCGAAGCCGGAAAAACGACAGGCAAACUCACCACUGCCACCACCACCGCCGCCCCUUCCCUCCGAGGAGGCCACCGAUGUUUAUGCGUUGAUAGACAAGUCUGGGAGGAGUGAGGAGGGCUCGAAGCACACGGAAGCUACGGGGAAGUCCCUCGAGGACAUGUACGCUAAGGUAAUGAAGAAGAAGAGGGACUCGGAGGAGAACUCGGAUGGCGGUAAGAAGCAGAGCGUCAUGGAGAUCAGCAGGGCCUCCUGGUCGAGUCACGACUCUGUGGAGAUCCAGAAGAAGGAGCCUGAGGUCGGUGGAGCUUCUAAUGUACCGCAAGAGGGGUUCAAUAUGGACUCGAUCGAGUUUGCGAAGGUCGCGAGGAUUUAUGAGCUUGACACGACUCCUGAGUACAGCUUUGAGGACCUGACGGUGAUCAGGGGGCCCCAGAGGGCUGAGAGUAAUGAUCCCAAUUAUGAGAUGCUGAGACCUCAGAGCUUGAGGGACGAGGGGAGUGGGGUGAGGAAUGGGGUUGACGUUCUACCUUUUUAUUCGGUGCCUUUCAAGCAUCGACAGGUCAGCAAUGCCAGCUCUGAGGACCCGGGCUAUGAGAAGGUUAGGCUUAGGAGGAGGAAUGACGAUGAUACUGACUCGGAGCCUAAUUAUGAGAGCAUGCCACACGAGACGGAGCCCAAUUAUGCGUCUGUCUGCAGGGCUGACAGUGACACUGAUCCUAAUUAUGAGUCGGUUAAUAAUUCUGAUCCGAAUUAUGAGAGUGUGAGGUAUCUGGGGGAGGGGCAGGAGCCUCCUUAUGAGCGGGUUGAUGGGAAGGGAAAGGGCGUCGAUGCGUAUGAGAAUGUCAGCAGGGGGGAGGGGAACUAUGAGAGGAUUCAGGAUUCGGGAGAGUGUAAUGACACUGAUGACGAACAGUAUGUACAGGUCUGAUGGGGUUCUAGGGGUUUUUGUAGAAUUUUUUUUCACGUAAUUUAUCCAACCGGUUAUAUUUAUCUUUUUAGAACGACUAGUUUUAGCCAAUUUACGGUCGUAAAUAAGCAAGAAUAACAAA